CAUUUUCAGGUAUUCAGGUUAAUUGUCGAAUUGGAACUUGAAAUUAACUGCCAAUUGUGCUGUGAUUUAACUGUUCUCCUAGCAAAAGUUCUACACUUGUUUCAUGUAAUGUGUAGAGACAAAUUACAUAUUUAUGACUGAAAAAAACGUGGACAGAUUAUUUGCGUAUUUACGAAAUUACGAAUGCCUCUAACUUCUUGGUGCCGUCAUGAUGAAAAGACUGGAUGGGAAGGAUAUUUGGAUCAGAAAAUUCGAAAUUUCGGAACAUAAACGCCACAAAAAAGGAUUCACAGCUUACAAAGUCGUAUCUACGGUUUUUCCAAGGAAUUUCCCCGAUGGAGCUACAAAAAUUACAGUGUGGAAACGAUAUAAAGAUUUUAAAGCUCUGCAUAAAGAAUUGGAGGCCUUAUUUGUUCAGUUGUAUUUGAAAGGGAAAUUCCCCCAAUUGCCAACUGACAAGUUUUUUGGGAGAUUUGAUCAUGAUGUGAUAGAAAGACGAAGAAUAGCUGCUCUGGAGUUGUUGGAAUUUUCUGCAACAUUUCCACAACUAUUCUUGAAUAAAAUAUUUGUUAAUUUUUUCGAGGAUGGUCUAUAUCCAAGAGAUUUUGUUGAUGCUGCUACCAGCACUGAGGACGGAAAAGACCAAAAUGUUCGUGUUGAAGCCGAAGACAUUAACUUUGAAGAUUGUCUGAUCCCUGAAAAAGUGUGGCAAGAAGUCAACCCUGGUGAAGGGGUUGAUGAAUGUUCAUCACCAUCGUUUAGUGCUGCGUCCCCAGAGCCAAACUCAGUUUCUAAUUUAGACACAAAUUUUUCUUUGCCUAUUGGUUCAAUGGUUGACAAUGUUUCGUCUGACAAUAUUAACCCAGUUCCUGAUUCAUCCGAAUUAAUGCUAUUACAACACCAUCCGGACCAGUUAUCAAUCCCUGUUGUCAACCAUACCACACCGAAUCCAAUUGUAGUAACCUUUUCCGAUAUAGGCGCAAGUCUUCCCACUCUUCCAAAUCAUUCUAACAAUGGUUCCAAUUCACAACAAAUAUCAACUGCCGCUCCUUCGCCUUAUUCUCUUCAAGAAAGCAAGCAUUCCUUCUUCAAAGGAUCAACUACCAGUUUAAACGAAGACUUGAAUUAUUUGGAAGAAUUCGAUUUUUGUCAGAGUGAAUCGUCUCCUCACAUUCCAAACUCUUCGUCUACUUCAUCGCUCAAUACAUGUGGUAGAAUUCCAAAGACUCAGGAUCUCAAGAAAUCAAGUUUAAAGAAAUAUACUGGCUUUAAUUUGUUUGAUUUCUUACCAAUUUUUACAAAAAAGCAAGACAAAUUGACUGAUGAGCAGAAUUUGUCCAACUCGUUAUCUUCCUACAUUCGAGAGGCGGCUGGAUUUAUAAGUGUAGCUCAACAUUAUGAAUCAGAUUAUGAUUAUGCAGCAGCCUUAAAUUCAUACACUGAAGGAAUACGUGUGCUUUUGGAAGGUGCUCAAUGUGACCAAGAUAUUCAAAGAAGAGCUUUAGUCAAAAGAAAGGUUGAAAAAUACUUGUCACAUGCGGAGGAGUUAAAGCAAAAGGUCAAAGAUUCUUUACCUGACGCUUCACUAGAAUUACUUAGACCCGGAGUAGUCGUAAAAGAAGCAUGUGUUGGGUCGAUUGAAUCUCAUGCAGACGAUGAUUUCGUAAUGAUAAAAAGUAAUGUAAUAUCUUCAAGCAUCGAGGAGUUAAAAAACUUCAAAGUUGUGGGUUCUACAUACAACAACAUUUUGGUUGCGGUUGAUAUAACGGCUCAAGGUGGACCAGAUUGUUUUGCAAUUAAGGUUCUGAGAAAGUCAUCGUCGUUGCUUGACCCUGAGAAACCUACCCUAAUACCUAACACUAUCCCCUUCAUGGUGCAAUUGCUUAAAUGGUUUAAUACUGAAGACGGUAUAAUACUUGUUCUUCAGUACGCGGCGGGAGGAAGGUUGCUCAACUUUGUUCAAUCUUAUCAAACGAAAGAACUAUCAAUGACUGAAAGCCAGAUUCAAGGUGAUCCAAAAUUUCAAACAAUUUUACCCACCCCGUCCUACCACUCGAGUUUACCGUCUAAUGUCAAUCUAGAACAAAUCAUGCUGGAAAAUCAACCUAUUUCAAUAGGACACACGGACACGCUUACUACUAGUCAUAGCCAGAUCGAGAAAGAAAAUCUUAUGGUCACAGAAAAAGUAGCGUUAGAUCAACUGCAACCAAAAAUAAAUAAAGUUCCAUUGUCAUCCCCUGAAGAGAUAAAUAGACAGAAAUUCAACUGGGAAUUGGAGUCAGUUUUACCCCCUUCAACUCCAUACCCAAAUACAGCUCUUGAUCUCCAAACUGACGCUUUACUAGAAAACUCCAGAGAACUACUUAAAACCGUAUCAAAGACUUUGGAAACUCAAAAGAAAGCUACUACCACUGUGUUAGACUCCUCGAUCAUUUCUACUAGUUUGGAUAUUCGAGAGGAAUCGUCUCUCUCUUCAACCAAUCGUUGCAUGGUUGAUGUUGACGACUCAAUGAGAUAUAGCAACCCAAACAUAUCAAUCCCAGCCGCUUUUAUGGUGCCUAAUCCCUCUAAUAAUCAAAUAGAAGAUUCUCAAUGUAGCGCGACCCCAAGUUUGCCGGCACGAGCUAUUCCCGAGCGUUGUGUCAAGAUUUGGGCCGCAGAACUGGUUAUUGCAUUAGAUAAACUUCAUUCCCAAGGAAUAACUUACGGAGAUUUGGACAUUAACAACAUUUUGCUUGGUGACUCUGGUCAUAUUUUACUAUCGUAUAGAGCGUUUUGGAAUGAAGUGGACUCAAAAUCAGAAUCUAAUGACUUUUCUGCCCCAGAAGUUGUCAAUGGAUUAGGAAAACCUUUAUGGAAGACGAAUCCAUCGUCAGAUUGGUGGAGCCUUGGUGCUAUUUUAUAUUUCCUCUUAACUGGAUUGACGGUGCAAGAUACGCAUCCCGAAGGAUUGUACCCUGAAACAGUGAUAUGCGUUCCAUCACUUAAUAUUUUAGAAGAACCAUUGAGCUCUGAAGCAAAAAGUCUGCUUGUUGAAUUACUACAUUUUAAUCCAACUUUACGCCUUGGAUACUACGGCGUUGAAGAAAUUAAAUCGCAUCCAUUUUUUGACGAGUUUGAUUGGGCAGCAGCGGAGUCAGUACAAUCUGCAUUGUAAUGUAAUGUAUCAUGCAUUUUUUAAAAAUCUUUUUACUAUUGUCUUCUUUAUCCUGCCAUUAAGUUUUCGUAAUUACGUUCAAUUUGUCGUAUAACGUUGAAAGUGCUAAAGAUAUUAUUUUUGUAAUAGUUCCGUUUAAUUUGUUAUGAACUUCUAUAAAAAAUAUUUAAUUUACUCAAUUAUGGAUAACUUCAAACUUGGCCUUCAUUAUUUAGAUUACAUAAAGGACACAAAUAUUUUUCGACAAUCUAAAGUGACACAAAACAUGAAAUAAAAAUGAAGUUGAACAUCUGUGGAAAAAUUU